GAGCAGCCCAAAACCCUGCUAGAUGGAGAUGUGACGGCGACGAGGCCGGCGCCACCAGAAGGGCCGCCACCCGCACGGCCGGACCCGGCCACGGGACUGUCGCCACAGCAGCUGCAGCAGGUGAUCAAGAUGGUGCGAGACCAGGUCCAAGAGUCCAGCCGAGCAGAUCGGGCAACCGACGCAGCAGGCGAGGGACGGGCCAGUGGAACAGCACCAGAUCAGGACGCCGACCCGCGGCAGCGCGAAGACCCCUGGAGCCAGAGACGUGCCGGAGAGCGAGACGCCUCAGAUGAUGUCGAGGACAACGCCGACCGGAACAGCUGGUGGAACGACGGCUGGAACGACGGCUGGAAGGGGGACUCCGUCUGGAAGGACUGGGGCGGCUGGAGCGAGCGGGGCAAGGACUUCGCUGGCCCGGACGCCUGGAGCAGCUGGAACGAGUAUAAGCUAUGGAGACGCCAGCUAGUACGCUGGCGGCAGCUCACGGACAUUCCCGCACACAAGCAUGCGGAUCGAAUCCUCAAAGUACUUCCUCUCGACCGUGAAAGGAAAAUUGAUGAUUUGUCGGGCGAGGUCCUCACCUCCAACAACGGCGCCGACAAGAUCAUAGAGCGACUGGACCUCUUGUCAGGAGAGGGUCUUACCGAGCGCGCCGCCCGGAUCGACCUGGCAUUCGACAGGGUGGCGGCUCUGGGCCUUCCAGUCCCAGAGGACUGGAAGUUCAUGUUCAUAGAGGAAGGCGUUGGUCUCGAUGAGAGAGUUCAACAGUUGAUGAGGGUCAUGAUGAAGACCCGCGCCUCCUACUCGGAGGCCUUCGCCGCGAUCAGGACGGGCGAUCUCGAUCUCGACUCCACCCUGGAGGACGACGACGUCUCAUCGUUAGAUGCCGACGGCGAGCAGCAGGCCCACGUGACGCUGGGGGGCCUUGGACUGCACGACGAUGAGCUUCCACAGGCGUACGCGACAAUGCAAGGCGAGAGACGCAACGCGUGGAAGCAGAACAGGGACCUCAAGCGCAAUAUGAAGGUAGACCGCAAGUUCUUGGACCGCAGCAAGGACAAGCCAGAGCUCGCCCACAGGCAGCCGCGCGGACACCGCGCCGGCAAUGGGCAGGUCAGGCCAAGGAAGUCACGUCUUCCACUGUCGGAGCUGAUUAAGAGGACGAGGUGCCGAAAUCGCAAUCAGAGGGGCCCUUGGUCUCGUGAAUGUCCGGCGCGGAAUGGCCAGAGUGCAACCGCAGCUGCCGCCGCGAAUGUCAGCGCCUACGUCUAUGCGAACAUCCUCGACCCGACCCAGCACCACGACCCAGACUUCGACAGCGCCACUGUCGCCUUCGUGAGCGUCGAGUCCAGCGAGAUGAUCGUAGACGCCGCAGCGGGUCAAGGACUGAUCGGCAUGCCAGCUUUGAAACGGCACUGCGAGCUUCUGAGCACGUGA